GCUAACCGGAGGCGGUGCUGCUCUGCGCGCGGUGUCACUUGCACAGUCAGAAAAUGCAUGGUCUGGCUGCCGAACGAAGGGUGUGUGUUUUCCACCUGGACUCGCUGUCAACGGCGGCAUUCAUUUUGUGCGUUUGAGAAGCGGAUCGCGUUGCUUUCUCUCACGGUCGCGCUGACGAGAGGCUGCGCUUUUCCAGCGUUUUAAUGCUGAUAUCCUUCGGCGCUUUUAACAGCAAAGUGGAAUCUGGAUCUAUAUAGGAUGCAAAGCGGUUUCCGGGCGGGCCUCUGAAGAUGAGCGUGACGUCAUGGUUCCUGGUGAGCAGCUCUUCCACGCGCCACCGGCUCCCACGCGAGAUGAUCUUCGUGGGCCGGGAGGACUGUGAGCUCAUGCUGCAGUCCCGCAGCGUGGACAAGCAGCAUGCCGUCAUUAACUACGACCCAGCCACCGACCAGCACCUGGUGAAGGACCUGGGCAGCCUGAAUGGGACCUUUGUGAAUGAUCUGAGAAUUCCGGACCAGACCUACGUCACCCUCAAGCUUUCUGAUGUCAUCCGCUUUGGAUAUGAUUCUCAUGUGUACGUUCUGGAGAGGAGCCAACAUCAGGUUCCAGAGGAGGCACUCAAGCAUGAGAAGUACACCAGCCACCUGCAGAUGGGGCUGAAGGCGUCCGAGGGGAAGAGGCUGGAGCUGUUGGAUGGGGGGUCAGACUCCGCCCGGUCCAAACAGGAGAGGUCUGACCGCAGGGCCCAGCAGGACCCUCCUGUAUCCAGGCCCACCCCUCUGUAUGGCCAGCCCUCAUGGUGGGGGGAGGACGAUGCUGGGAACAAGGUCCGGCACGAGGGACGCAGACCAGACGAGGGUCACCCAGAAAGCCCAAAGGAGAGCUCUGGUCUUGAGUCGGACAUCAGCGCCUCCCUCUCCGACUACCCGGUCUCCCAGGGCAAGUCCAUAUACUCCUAUGGCCGGGAGCCCAGCUACUUCGAGAUCCCCACCAAGGAGUUCCAGCCACGCCCCAAGUCCCCUGACGGGGAGGUCCAGGAGAUCCCCACCAAGGACACGGAUGCCCUGCCCCUGCCCACGCCCACCCUCACCAGCCCCACGCCCCCUGUGGUGCAGAGCCACGCCUCCUUCACCAUCGAGUUCGACGACUGCAGGCCAGGCAAGAUCAAGAUCAAGGACCACGUCACCAAGUUCUCUUCCCGGCAGCACAAGCUGCCCAAGAAGCUGCAGGUCACCACGCCCACCGAGGUGAUGUCGGCGGAGAGCAAGGUGGCCGAUUGGCUGGUGCACGGCGACAUCAGCAUGAUGAGGAGGAGGACCCCGUGCGAGGAUGUGUGCAGCACUAAGAGUGACCUGGCCAUGCACAUCAAGACCCUCAAAGGACAUCAUCAUGAUGAUGGGACCCAGAGCGAUUCUGAGGACCCCAUCCUGAAAGGGAAGCAGAGCAAAUCGCAGCAGCCAAUUCGGGCUCAGCAGACAUCCCCGCCUCCCCGAUCAGUCCCCUCCCACGAGCCAGCCCCGCCCCGGCAGUUGCCUCCGCGCCAGCUGACUCCGCCCACUCCCCCGGCCGCCCCGGAGGCCCCGUGCCGGUCCCCGCCCGAGUCCGGCUCGCCCCCUCAGAGCCUGGGCAAGCCGCCCCCGCAGGAGCUGCACAGCCAGCAGGCGUUCAUCAUCGAGUUCUUCGACGACAACCCGCGCAAGAAGCGCUCGCAGUCCUUCACCCACAACUCUGCCCACGCUGACUCCUACUCCGCCCUCAAGGCCAAGCUGGAGAGGAGGAAGGGUGCAGAGAAGCCCGUCCUCGCAGCGGCGGGGCAGAUCCCGCCCACGCAGCAGGUCACCAUCCCCCUGAAGGGCCACGGCCACAGCGCCCCUCAGAGGGCCAGCUCCCUGCACCGGGAGAGGACGGACGAUCGGCUCGCCUCGGGCUCCGCCUCCAGCAUCACCAUCAAGCCUUUCGGCAGCGUGGGCAAGAACUCCAAGCUGGCCCAGGAGUUUGCAGCCGAGUUUCUGAAGGAGACGGGCCGCGCGGUCACCCCCACCAGGGAGAAGAGUCCACCCCCACCCAUGUCCGCCCCACCAGUGAUGGACACUCCCUCCCACAUCCACCCACUGUCCCCCCCUCAACCCACUUCAGCCUCCCACCCGUCCACCCCAUUCCACCCCCCCACCCCUGCCAUCCCCCAUCCCCAGCCCUCUGCCCGCACCCCUACGCAGGCCCCGUCCCCCAUCCAUGCCCCUGUGCCGACCCUUUCCCCUCUUUUGCCCCUGGGUGCUCGCAUUGUGGACCCAAAGACCUCGAAAGUGCGGGGUGAAGAAGAGGACAGCUUGAGCGAUGCGGGCACCUACACCAUCGAGACAGAGUCCCAGGACAAGGAAGUGGAGGAGGCACGCAACAUGAUCGACCAGGUUUUCGGGGUUCUCGACUCCCCAGAGUAUAGCGGCGUGACCUACAGGCCUGUGAUUAACGAGGGUGACCUCGGCAGCCCACGGCACAGAAAGACCAGUCCUUUGGAUUUAAGGACAGUCUCACCGCAGGGGUUCAACUCUGCCUCCCUCAGUGGCGCCCCCACUGGCCCACCACAGUUGCAGGUUGACCCACCCUGCCCCGCGUCUCAGGGGGGCCCCAAGUGGGUGUCUCGGUGGGCCAGUCUGGCAGACAGCUACAGUGACACGGGGCCGAUUGGGGGGAGCCCAGACACCCCACCUCAAGGGGAGCUGGCGGAUGGAGAUGGGCGAAUUGUUGAUCAACUAAGUCAAAAUGGGGACGGCACAGAGUUUGAAGGCAGCCAGGCUUCCAGGAUCAGAAGGCUGCUUCCACAGGUGCCGCCCUCGGACAAGUCCGAAAUUCCCGCCACCAGCGUUCAUGUCCGGCAGGACCCCUACAAGGGUGGUGAGGCCCCGGAGAGAGGGACGGGACCCCCCCUCCAACAGGACGAGCUGGACCCGGACAGCUUGAGUGACGCCAGCAGGUCCGACGACGGCUCUCUGGCCCGGAGGAUCCGGGGGAACCAGGAGUGUGGGAUAGUUGAGGAGGCGGAGCCAGAGCAGGGUGGGGCCCAGGAGGACCGGGUCGUCCCAGCCGUCAGGUCCACUUCCUUCUACAUCGGGUCCGACCAGAGCUUCAGACGGGACCUGGCACGCAGUCCUGUGCUGUGUCCGUCAGAGAGGGACCAGGAUCCCGCUCCCAGAGCACCCCCAGUGACGGUCCCCGCCAGGCCCCUGAUGAUCACCCAUGAGCCCCGGAAACCAGUCAAACCCAACGCCUCAGCCCCCAACCUCCAGGCGCGGGACAGAGAGCCACCGUCUGUGAAGGAGCCUUCCAUCAUUCGGCAGGAGAGUUUCACCAAGGACCGGCCCAGCAACGACGUCCAGCUCAACCGCCUCCCCCACAUCUCUAGCCACCCCGCCCUGACCGACUUGGAGCACGGGGGUCCCCAGGGGGGUGAGCGAGGGCAGGACCCGCAGUUCCUCUUCAGGGCGACAAGGCUGGGGGCCACCCAGGGCCAUGCGGAGGACUCCCUGUCGGGAGAGUCAGACGUGGACACAGCCAGCACCGUCAGCCUGGUGAGCAGCAAGAACGCCCCCGCCUCGGUGCCAAAGAAGAGGGCACCCGCUGGUGGUGCACAGAAGGACCGGGCAUCGUCCGGCCCAUCUGCCCGGCAGCCUACGGCCCGUGAGCGGCUGUCCGAAAAACGCCGCGCCCAGGUGGCGGACGCGGGUGGAAAGGCGGAGCCGCCGAAGCGCUUCUCCCUGCGCCGGAGCGCGGGGAACCGGGGCUCCCUGGACCUGUCCGAGGAGCCACAGCACCUGCCCGCCUCGGCCUCCUCCGACCACGAGUCCUCCUCCCGCUCCGCCGCCCGGAAGAAGACCCCACCCCCCCCACAGAAGGAGGACAAGUCUGCCAAGAGCCUGGUCCAGCAGGCGCUGACCCGUUCCAACAGCCUUUCGGCCCCGCGGCCCACCCGGGCCUCCCUGCUCCGACGGGCGCGACUUGGCGAGGCGUCGGACACCGAGGGCACCGAGACCGACCGGGCAUCCCAGGGUUCGGACGCCGGCGCGCCAGGCAGGCCCCCGGGCGAUGGGCGCAAGCUGUCGCGCCUGGACGUCCUGGCCAUGCCCCGCAGGAGGAGCGGCUCCUUCACCGCGCCCAGCGACACCGAGUCGAGCGGGGGCAAAACCCCCGUCGGCCCCGCCCGCAAGGCGCCGCCAGCCGAGCCCAAACCGGGCCCCGCCGGGAGGCAGCCCAUCAUUCGUGCCCGGUCCAGCAGCGCCAAGUACCCCAGCACAACCAGCUCCCGGCGCCGGCCGAAGGGCUCGGAUUACACCUCCACGUCUGAGGAGGAGUACGAGGCCAGCACCGCCUCCGUUAAACACAAACGCACCCACGCCUCUGCAGCCACUCAGACGCCCAGCUCCCAGAGGCCCGCCCUCGGCCCCGCCCUCGCCCCGCCCAGAGCUGCCCCCCGCAAGACGGAGGAGGAGGAAGAGGAGGAGCCCGACAGCGAGGUUGACCCCUACCAGCACUGGUCCACGCACAGCGCUGAGAUCGCAAGGCUGAGCCAGGACCUGGCCAAAGACCUGGCCAUCCUGGCACGGGAGAUCCAUGAUGUGGCGGGUGACGGCGACUCCCAGUGUGCCUCUGCCAUGGCCACCACCCCCAGCACUCCCGCCUCGACCAUCUCUGCCCGGGAAGAGCUGGUGCAGCUCAUUCCCGAGGCCAGCUUGAACUACCAGAAAGUUCCGCCGGGCUCAGAAGGGGUGAAGGACCCAGACACAAACAUGAACGACCAGGACCCGAGCUCUAAACGUCGACCAUGGAGUCGCGAGGAGGUAAUUCUGGAUAAUCUGAUGCUGAAUCCAGUUUCCCAGCUCUCCCAGGCCAUCCGGGAGAACACAGAGCAGCUGGCGGAGAAAAUGAAGGCUCUGUUCCACAACAAGACCGAGGUCUGGGAGGAGAUCGAAGCAAAGAUCAACGCUGAGAACGAGGUCCCAAUCCUCAAAACCUCAAACAAGGAAAUAACCUCCAUUUUGAAGGAGCUCAGAAGAGUUCAGAAGCAACUUGAAGUGAUUAACACCAUCAUCGAGCCUGGCGCCGGCCCCGAGGCAGCUCUGAAGGCCGCCGCAGGGAAGACCCGGCCGUCGGCCAAGGAGAGCAGGCCUCCGCCCCACUCCCGCCGAGGUGUGAGCCCUGGCACCAGCUCCUCCGCCAGCAUCAGCGAGAGGGCCAAGGGCAGCGCGGCGGUGCCCGACAGGGGGAGGUUCGCUGUCUAAACUGGCCAUCCGUGGCGCCCCCUUGUGGCGACUUCCCUCCCCCUGUCGCCACGCCACAGCUCGUGAGCCGUUGUUAUGUUUGGAGUGUGUUCUGACGUUGCUGUACAAAACCGCUGACCUGUUACACAAGCUAAACAGUAGACAAACUGAAGUAGAAAAGGCUAGAUUUAAAAAAAAAAAAAAAAAGUGCUUGAACGUGCUUCGCUGAGUGAGUUGUGCAAGAGGUGACAUGUGUACGCGUUCUUUGUUUUCUGUGAAGGCCAAAUCUUAGCGACGGGGGGCAUGUGAUGCUUUAGGCUGGGUUUCCACGGAAACGGAGUAGUAGAGGCAAACAUAGUGGUGCCAUUCCUGAAUGAUGUUUUUGUGUUUGCAUUCUGAAAAUGUA